GGGUUCCGCUAAAAACCGCGGCGGCCGCUCCAGGUGUCCCCACGCCCAGCAUGGACGCUCUGCCCAGCAUCUCCUCCCGUGGGGACAACACCUGGAACGACGACGCCUGGAACGACACCUGGAACGACACCUGGAACGACACCUGGAACGACGCCUGGAACGACACCUGGGACGACCUCCUGGACGACGCGGCCGAGAUCCCCGCUGGCCACCGCGCCGUGCUGACCCUCUACGCCGCCAUCUUCCUGCUGGGCGUGCCGGGCAACGGCGCCGUGCUCUGGGUGGCGGCGUCGGAGCUUCGGCGCACGGUCAACGGCGUCUGGUUCUUCCACCUGGCGCUGGCCGACCUGCUGAGCUGCCUGGCGCUGCCCUUCGUGGCGCUGCCGCUGGCCACCGACCACCACUGGCCGCUGGGCGCGGCGGCGUGCCGCCUGCUGCCCUCGCUCACCGUGCUGGCCAUGUUCGCCGGCGUGCUGCUGCUGACGGCGCUCAGCGCCGACCGCUGCGCGCUGGUCACCCGGCCCGUGUGGUGCCACAACCGCCGCACGCCCGCGCUGGCGGCCGCCGCCUGCGCCGGCGCCUGGGCGGCGGCGGCGCUGCUGACGGCGCCGUCCUUGGCGUUCCGCGCCCUGCGCCGCGACCCCUUCUCGGCCAAGGCCACCUGCGUGAUGGCCUACGGCGGCGGCGGCGGGCGGCGGCGCGGCGCCGAGCUGAGCGUGGCGGCGGCGCGGUUCCUCUGCGGCUUCGCCGGGCCCUUCGCCGUCAUCUCGGGCUGCUACGGCCGCCUGCUGUGCCGCGUGCGGGCGCUGGGGCCGGGCCGCUCGCAGAGGGCCACCGUCACCGUGCUGGUGGUGGUCCUCAGCUUCUUCGUCUGCUGGCUGCCCUACCACGUGGUGGGCUUGGUGCUGGCGGCCGCCGCGCCCGGCGGCGCGGCGUUCCGCGGCGCCCAGGCCGCCGACGCCGCCGCGGCCGGGUUGGCGUACGUCAACGGUUGCGUCAACCCCGUCAUCUACCUGGCGAUGGGCCGCGGGCCGGGCCGGGCGCGGCGCUCGUGGCGGGCGCUGCUCAAGCGGGCGUUGGGCGACGACGCCGCCGGCGCGGCCGGGGACGGGCGGGCUCGCAGCGCCGACACCGCCGAGGACGGAGUCGAGAGCGCGGCGGUGUGA